UCACUAGUUGACUCUCAGUUGGACGUUGUGGUUGUCGGUGGGGCGGCUUUUGUCAAAAAUGUGUAGAAUUGUCCUACUCUUCUUAGUGGGGCUUGCCACUGCUGAAGUCUAUUUUAAAGAAACCUUCGAGGAUGGCGAUGCGUACACUACAAGGUGGGUGCAGUCUACCUUCAAAGGAGACGAAGCCGGCAAAUUCGAGUUGACUGCCGGCAGGUUCUAUGGUGACGCGGAAAAGUCAAAAGGACUUAAGACCUCACAAGAUGCACGGUUUUAUGGAAUAUCUUCAAACUUCAAGAAAUUUACUAACGAAGGAAAGCCUUUGGUGAUCCAAUUCACUGUCAAGCAUGAACAGAACAUCGAUUGUGGAGGUGGUUAUGUAAAGCUCUUCCCCUGCGAUCUCGACCAGACUCAGAUGAACGGUGAUUCACCCUAUGGGAUCAUGUUUGGCCCUGAUAUCUGCGGACCUGGCACAAAAAAGGUUCAUGUGAUCUUCAACUACAAAGGAAAGAACCACCUUAUUAAGAAGGAAAUACGCUGUAAAGAUGAUGUCUACACUCAUCUUUACACUCUGAUAGUUAAACCUGAUCAGACAUACGAGGUAUUAAUUGACAAUGAGAAGGUAGAGUCUGGGUCAUUCGAGGACGACUGGGACUUCCUUCCACCAAAGAAGAUCAAGGAUCCCGAAGCCAAAAAGCCAGAGGAUUGGGAUGACCGCGAAAAGAUCGAUGAUCCUUCAGAUACUAAGCCUGAAGAUUGGGACAAACCAGAGUACAUUCCUGACCCCGAAGCGAAGAAACCAGAGGACUGGGACGAUGAGAUGGAUGGCGAAUGGGAGCCUCCUCAGAUCACAAACCCAGAGUACAAAGGCGAAUGGAAGCCGAAGAAAAUCGACAACCCUGCGUUCAAAGGCAAAUGGGUCCAUCCUGAGAUUGACAACCCCGAGUACCAGGCCGACGAUAAGAUUUAUGUGCAAAAGGAAUUGUGCAACAUCGGCCUCGACCUCUGGCAGGUGAAAUCUGGCACGAUUUUUGAUAACUUCCUCAUCACUGACGACGUGGAUUUGGCAAAAUCAUUUGGUGAGGAGGUCUGGGGUUCUCUAAAAGAUGCCGAGAAAAAAAUGAAGGAGGAACAGGAUGAAGAACAAAAAAAGAAAGAUGAAGAGGAACGAAAGCGUAUGGAGGAGGAACUUGAAAAAAACAAGACACCUGAAGAUGAUGAGGUCAGUGAGGAAGACGACGAGAAGUCCGAAGAAAAAGAGGAAAAAUCCGAGGAUCACGAUGAGCUGUAAAUAAGUCAUAAAAGCCCAUUUAAAAAGUGGGUUGCGAUCUUCAAAAGUUGACAUUAAGGGCCGCCAGCCAACGAGGCUUCUAGGAUGAAGCUGCCGAAGAUCAGGCUUCCAUCAUACACUCUUAAAGCAUCUAUUGCUAAAAUGGGAACGCUUGUAAAUAAAACUAUAGAUUUUUAUUUAUUUGAUACACAUUAA